UCAGGGUUUUCCAGCAUGUUUGGUAAGAAGAAGAAACGGCUGGAGAUCUCGGCCCCGUCCAACUUCGAGCACCGGGUCCACACAGGGUUCGAUCCGCGGGAGCAGAAAUUCACCGGGUUGCCGCAGCAGUGGCAGAGCCUCCUGGCCGACACGGCCAACCGGCCUAAGCCCAUGGUGGACCCCUCCUACAUCACUCCUAUACAGUUGGCACCUAUGAAGAUAUCUCCCAAGAAGGUCCAGGCUUCCGAAACGCCCAAAACCAUCGUGCGGGGAAACCGGCCCCCUAAAGACGCGUCCAUCAACGGCCUGCUGGAGGAGUUUGAUAACAUCUCGGUGACACGCUCCAACUCACUGCGCAAGGAGAGCCCGCCGGGGGCGCACCAGGCGGGGGCCGGCUCCAGGCCCUUGGUGGGCGCUCGUCCCGGGGGUCCUGAGGAGAACGGCUUCGGCCAUUACUACUCGCGCUACUCCUGCGACUUGGAUGCCUCUGGUGGCCGGGACUAUCCUCUGGACAAGCCGGGUUUCUCCGCGGAAGGGGACUGGGCAGUAGGGCGGCACUACCGCUUUACCAAGCACAACGGCCACUCGCACCACAUCCGUAGCCCUUUCUACCCGGACGCCAUGCCCCAAAAGUCGGACUACGGCAAGCUCCCACCGGACUACCACACUUACUUAGAGAGCAAGGGGCGUUCCACGGACGAGGUGGCUUCCACAGUGGGGAGCGGGGUGGGCUCUAGCGGCUAUUAUCGUGCGUCAGUGGGCGGCUCAUCCAGCCAGGACUACCGGGACACGUCGGUGGGGACCCCGUCGCGUGCUUCCCUUCACAGUGAGCAGAUCAACUACCCGGACAGCGAGUGGAGCUACGGUGGCGUGCGGGACGACUACGACAAGAGGCCCAAAAGCUCGUACGUGAUGCAGACCAGCCCCACGCCGGCCAUCAGGCAGCGGUCCCGUUCGGGUUCCGGGCUCCAGGAACCCAAUGUCCCCUAUGCUGCUGGCGGGCCCUUUAAGAACCCCGCCCAGGCCCAUCCGUACAGCUCCUAUACGUACCCACGCCUGUCGGAGAGCCUUGCAGCUUCACAGACUCUCAACAAGGGUGACUACGAGCGUCCGUCGCGGGACGGAAGCCCCCACCACGCCGCGGCCGGCGAUACCUACCCACGCGGGCCUCUCAAGCUACCUCAGAACCACGCCAAGCCUCCCGGCUACCCGCCCGUGCACCUGCCCUACCCGCCCGUCUUUCACCAUUACAAGCCAUCGCCCUACCAUCACCCGCCUUCUCAGCCCAGCCCGCCGUACACCCCGCAGGGGGCGUACUCUCAACCUUCAUCGCCGUACAUUCCCCCGGGGGCGUACCCCCCUCCUUCGUGGGGGUCCAGCUCAGACACUCAACCUUCCAGGGUCUCUCACGAGCAGUUUCGAGCUGCGCUCCAACUUGUAGUCAAUCCAGGUGAUCCCCGCGAGUACCUGGACAGCUUCAUCAAGAUCGGCGAGGGCUCCACGGGCAUCGUGUGCAUCGCCAGUGAGAAGCACAGCGGAAAACAGGUGGCUGUCAAAAAGAUGGACCUGAGGAAGCAGCAGAGGAGGGAGCUGCUCUUCAACGAGGUGGUGAUUAUGAGGGACUACCAUCAUGAGAACGUGGUGGACAUGUACAAUAGCUACUUGGUUGGAGAUGAGCUGUGGGUCGUCAUGGAGUUCCUGGAGGGAGGGGCCCUCACUGAUAUCGUCACACACACCAGGAUGAACGAGGAGCAGAUCGCCACGGUGUGCUUGUCGGUGCUGCGCGCGUUGUGCUACCUACACACGCAGGGCGUCAUCCACCGCGACAUUAAAAGUGACUCCAUCUUGCUUACAAGCGACGGACGGAUCAAGCUGUCCGACUUUGGCUUCUGUGCCCAAGUGUCCAAAGAGGUUCCCAAGAGGAAGUCGCUAGUCGGGACGCCAUAUUGGAUGGCGCCCGAAGUCAUCUCCAGGCUGCCUUAUGGGACCGAGGUGGACGUGUGGUCACUGGGCAUCAUGGUGAUCGAAAUGGUAGACGGUGAGCCGCCGUACUUCAAUGAGCCGCCUUUGCAGGCCAUGAGGAGGAUACGCGAUAACUUGCCCCCGCGGCUAAAAGAGUCGCACAAGGUUUCAUCGGUGCUGCGCUCCUUCCUGGACUUAAUGCUGGUCCGCGAGCCGUCCCAGCGAGCCACUGCGCAGGAACUCCUUCAGCACCCCUUCCUCAAACUGUCAGGACCGCCGUCCUGCAUCGUGCCCCUCAUGAGACACUAUCGCCACCGUUGA